AUGACUCUCGUCUACCUCUUUGAGACGUAUCUGGACAUUCGCCAGCACCGAAAACUGCAUGACAAGCACUUCCCGAAACCUUUGGCUGAAGCAAUUGAAGGUCUAGGAAGCUAUUGCAUCGCGAACAAAGAUGCCAAACGAUCAGAAAAUAAGGGAAAUGAUGAAACCGAUGAAGCCAAGACAGAGGACUUAGAUCCACAGAAGGAGACGACAUUACUAAAUGCGAUGCAGAACAAGUUUGACAAAAGUCGCGCUUACGGACUUGACAAGAGCACGUUUGGCCUCAUCAGCGGCGCUUACAAGCAGCUGGAAGCAACAGCGUUUUUGCUGUUAGGACAUUUGCCGUUCAUGUGGACUCUGAGUAGUAAGGCGUUGCUGGCAUUAACGCUUGAUACCAAUAGUGAGAUUUAUCGAGCGCUGAUGCUUUUGACGCUCACAACAAUUUAUGAGACGCUUGUGGGCAUUCCUUUCGAGCUUUAUUCAACAUUUGUAGUGGAAGAACGUCAUGGUUUCAACAAACAGACACUGGGAUUAUUCUUUUUGGACAAGCUUAAAGGUUUUGCGCUCUUCAUUGUCAUCGGAUUUCCAGUCACGUCUGCGUUAAUCUAUGUCAUUCGGUGGGGAGGCGAGUACUUUUACAUGUACGUCUGGGCAUUCCUGUUUGUCUUCUCUGUCAUUAUGAUGACACUUUACCCAGUGCUUAUCAUGCCGCUGUUUAACAAGUUUACACCACUUGAAGAAGGCGUGCUUCGCACUCGCAUCGAAGCGCUGGCUUCGAGUCUUAAUUUUCCAUUAACAAAGCUCUUUGUCACAGACGGUUCUAAGCGAUCCAGUCAUAGCAAUGCCUAUUUUUUUGGCCUUUUUAAUAGCAAGCGUAUCGUACUAUUUGAUACGUUGUUGGAGCAGGCGACAAACGACGAAAUUGUUGCAAUUUUAGGUCAUGAACUCGGGCACUGGAAGUUAUGGCAUACUGCACAAAGCUUUGUGAUUCAACAGCUUUACAUUUUGGCUUCAUUUUACGUUUUUGGUCGCUGUAUGAAUGACGCAGAGCUAUUUGCAAGCUUUGGAUUCGCUGACGACGCAGCCAAGCCAGUGAUUAUCGGCUUCUUACUUUUUUCGCAGACCAUGUGGGCACCUGUGGAACAUGUGCUAUCGUUUUUGAUGACUUUGAAUACGCGAAAGAACGAGUUUCAAGCCGAUGCAUUCGCAGUGGACCUCGGCUACUCUGUUUCGCUCAAAUCUGGCCUAACCAAGCUCGCAAUUGAGAACCUUUCAAAUAUGAAUCCGGACACUCUUUACAGUGCUUAUCACUACAGCCACCCGCCUCUUGUUGAGCGUCUGAAUGCCAUAACCGAGCGAGCUAAGAAGUCGCAGUAA